GAUAUAUGUGUAUUCUGUCUUUGUAAUUAUUUUUCGCGACUCGCAACUUUGACCCGGAAGUAAAUUGUACGAUAGCAACUGAAUUGUUUACAUGAAAUGGUGGCAGAUUUAAAUUUGACCUUCAAAUAUCAUGUCUCAAUUUAGUAACACCAGCACUAUUCCAUAUGAAAUUUCACAAGACCAGGACAUUUCGUUUUUAAAUGAUUUAUCUAAUGUAAAUGAACUUUAUUUUGAAACUUAUCAACCCGCUACUCUAGUUCUUCUUGAAUGCUCUGAGCUUUUAUGAGUUCAUACGUACAGCUCAUAGUUCUUCUUUGUAAAAUUAAAAUCAAUGUAAAAAAAUAAUGUAACACAUAUGUCCAUAAAAUCGAGUUAAAUCAACCUAAUACAUUGUUACAAACACAAUACCUGUUACAAUCGACAUCAAUUUGCGUCUACUUUGUUGAGAAAUGCUCAAAACAUAAAAUUGAUAUCAAAUUGUUAAUGGUGGAAGUUGUUAUUGUCGAUUAGAGCAAAGGGAAAGAAAGGGUUACACUGCACAAAUUGUUUUCACAGUGGUAUCUGACGAUCUGGUCUUAUGGUAGCAGUUGAAAUUGUAUUGUGUAUUACAUUGUAGUUUGAAUUAGGACACAUUCUUAUGACUGUAAUUUCGCUGCGAUCGGAUAAGUGGCAUAUUCCGUUAGUAAGUUGAAUAAUAUCGGGCGUAUGUUUGCAUUGUAAACAAGUUGUUAUUAAAAUUAAGAUGCUAUGUGGUGUUGGUGUAACUUUUACUAUUUUACUAAGUGAAUGAGGGUUGAAAUGCUAUGAAACACUUUCUGCACCAAUUAAAAUAUUUAUUGAACAUAUUCCACAUUUGUUUUCGGCUAUUAGGCUAGAUCAUUUAAUAUACAUGUAUACAUAGAAAAUAUUGCAGACAUACACACACACACACACACACAAAGUAUAAAGAAAUGGAAAAAAGAAACACCUUAAAAGAAACUAAACAAACAAAACAAGAAAGAACAAAGAAAUGAAUAUGCAUUGUUAUAAUGAAAUAUAAACACAUACAGCUAAAAGAUUUACAGAAAGCGAAAACCUAAGCACAAUCGAGGGACACCACACAUAAUCAAUUGUUCACUGUCGGCUCAGGAACUACUUUAAAGUACCCCGUGUACCCUUAGGUAAACUAAAUGUUCCCCGGGUACGAAUAAUACGUUUAAAGGCACCCGGCAAUACGACGGGGUUCUUUUAGUAUAUUUUCCGUACACCGGGAACAGUGUAGUAAACUUUAAAGUACCUGGGGUACCAUAUACACAUGCAGCUGAUAAAUUUACAUAUAUUUCCCUGUGUGUGAUCGUGCUUAUUGAAAGCGAAAGCCUAACCACGAUCGAGGGACACCACACAUAAUUUACGCUCAAUUGGUCAUUGUCGGCUCAGGUACUACUUAAAAGUACCCCGAGUACUCAGAAGUAUUCUACAAUGUACCCCGGAUACGGAAAAUACGCACCCGGUCAUACUCCGGAAUACUUUUUAAAACCGGUAUAUAUUUUCUGUACCCCACAUACUUUGCAGUAUAUUUUUUAAUUACACCGGGUACUUGAAGUAGUAUCUGAGCCGACAAUAACCAAUCGAGCAUAAUUUACUAUUGUUUAAUUAAAUCAUUUUAUAUUUCGAGUACGCAUUGAAGACGUACAUAAAGUUGAAAGGCGGUAAUGCAUGUGUUAAUUUGUUUACCAUAUGAGUGUUUUGGUAUAUGCAUGUAUUGAAAUACAAAUUGAAAUAGAUGUUCCAUGCUUCGACCACCGACUUAUCAAAGAAUCAAAUCCUGAACUAGUUUUCCGGGGAUGGAAGUGUGAAGAUCGUGGUGGCGACUGUGGCCUUUGGAUUGGGGGUAAGUUACUGGACAAUUAAUAAUGUGACCAACUACUCGAGCUUUCUGAAAAUAGAUUGACGAAAUGUGUUUGUUUGAUCUAGAUAUUACGGCAUGGAGAUGUGGUACAUUGAAUACAUGAACCUUGUUGAUAAUCGAAGUCUCUUCAUUUAUCGAAUUAAUUAUAAAGUUAAUGAUAAAUUGAUUGAGUACAGAGCGAUUAAUUCAUGGCGUUCAGGGCAAUGCGUAUGUAUGCAUUGGUGAACUUAUUAUGUGUCGAUAACCUGGGCAUUAUGUUCCGUGUUGAAAAUACAAAUCUAACAUCUGGUCAUUUACAGAUUGACAUUGCGGAUGUUCGUCUAGUCGUCCACUGGGGUGCACCAAGAAAUCCUUUGUCAUACUGGCAGGAGGUGGGGAGGGCAGGCCGGGAUGGGAAACCGUCCCUUGCAGUUGUCUAUCCCUACGGUCGUUCGUUAGUGGGAGACAGUGGACUGAGAGAGACGUUUAAGAGUGUUGAGUGCUUGAGGCUGUCAGUAUUAAAGACUUUGUUAACUAAAGAGAUGGGUGAAAGUGAGUUAUGCGUUAGGGAAGGUUGCGUUUUAAAGAAUUGUUCAGUAUGUGAGUGUGAUCUUUGUCAGUGUUGUUCGAGGUGCUGUGCAAAAUGCGGAUGUGUUGGUGUGAUAGGUGUUUUGGAGAGAUUUUUCAUUUGAUAAUUGUCACUGAUGAGAAUGUAAUGAUACACAGACAAGAAUAACAAGCGAAGAAUAUAUAUGUACUGGCAUUUCCCCAGAAAUUUGGUCAGGCACAGCGGCAGGCGGUUGGUGUCGAUUUCUUUAUAUACUUUCUAAAUGUUAUAAAUCAAAAUCCACACAUCUUUGGAGCUACUAAAACACAAAAUUUCAUAUUUAUGUAUUUGUCCUCAGUUCAUUUCAGUCAAGUCAUAUAUUAUAAAAUUAAAUAACAACCAAAAUAAACAGAAAGCAAAAAAAUGAUUGAAAAACAUUCUGAGACCAAUGGAAAAUCUUGCUUCCAAUUUCUUGUCGUUUAUUAGAUUGUAUUCUGUCAUGCACAGAGACUAAAGAAAAAUGUGUUUUAGGUAUAUAGCGAAUUCCGUAAAUAUGAAAGAAACUAUAUAUAUGUAUAAAUUGUAUCUGAAUAUAUUAAAUGUUGGUACUGUGAAGUUAUAGUCGCCGUUAAGAAAAUAGUGUGAACAAAUUUUAAAUGGUCGGGAGCAAUCAAAUAAGACGUUUGAUUCCAAUUAAUUGUAUUCAUAACUUAAAUUACGCACAACCGCAACACACAUCAGUUACGGUUUAUUUUUGAAGCAAGUUCUUUAUACUUGUUUAUUUUCUGCAAUAGUUGUUAACAAUUAAAACAUUUAAAAGAUCGCCGUGGCGUAGUGGAUAUGGUGUCCGCCUAGCGAUCGGGAAGUCACGUGUUAAAACCUCACUGUGAGCGUUCCUUUGAUCAACCCCAAAAGACACCAAGUACUGGUUCUAGUCCCAGGAAACAGAUUCGAGAGCGUUCAUAAAAGCAUAUGGCUUUCGAUGCAAUCGAGCUAAAAUAAAUAGGUUUAAACUAAUUAAAAUAAAACAAACAAUUUGAACAUAUCUUUAAUUGCUCUACCUCCACAUGUACCGGUAAUAAUAGAUCAUUAUCAACCAUUAUUAUGAUAUUACGACCAUAAUCGAUCCCCAUUAACGACCCGUAAAUCGUUCAUACGUGUUACCUAUGCCCCUUAUGCACACACCGCUGAUGAGAGCGCUGAUAAGAGCGUGCAUGUUUUGAUUGAACGUUGGCCGAAUGUAGACAGCAUUCGGAUUAAAGCUUGCAAGCUCUUGUGAAGAUGUCAAGCGCACGCAUUUUAGUCCGCUGGGCUAAAAUCGCCUGGGGAAAUCCCUGAUUAUAUGUAUCUAUACAUAUGAAUAUAUGGUGUUCGAAUAUAUGUUUGAAUACAAGUUACACUUUGAAUGGGUUGUUUUAUAUAAAUCAUUGUUCUUAAAUCAUGCUCCAGUGUUUUACUUAUUGUUAUAAUGUAUAAUAAUGUCUAUCUCAGAAGUCAAUGAAUUACACUCAAUAUCAAUAUUAAAGUGAUAAGUCUUAUGUAACUAAGAAGUGAAUUUUUAAUUUAUGUCUUACCUUAUUAAAGUAUCUGAUGAAUAAGUCAUUAUCAAUUGGAAGUCAUACAACUUAUGUUACUUAUCAGUGAUUACUUUUUUAACUUCUAUCAAUUCCUAGUUUUCAUAAUUCUUAAAGUACAUGCACUACACUUUUGUUAUUUUCUAUUUUGUUUAUGGCUAAAAGCAAUUGUAUGAUUUAGAGCUAAUAAAUGUUGCUGCUGUAGAUGCUGUUGUGUUAUAAUUCCCUUACGGCAGAUCUAAGGGUCAUCGUUCCUUUUGUUUCUUUCUAAUGUCUGUUGUCUGAGCGCUAUUCAUAUACAAUUAACAUAAGUAUUAAUUAAAAUUUGAACAAGUUAUAUAUAAAAUUUCUUUCCAUUUAAAACAAAUAUUUAAUAUUUGAAAAUAACCUUUCUUAAAAACAUAAAUUGUAUGUUCGGAGAAAAGCAUAGGUAAACUGUUUAUUAGUACAUGUUGUAAACACACCGCAUGCGUUCCUUUAAUUUGGCUUUUGGUUAAUAAAAACUGUUCGAUAUGCAAACAAGUUGACAUUUACAUUUACGCUUGACGUGUUUGAAACUUUGAUUAAAAUCUUUCUUCUGCGAGUACACCACAUCAUGUAAAUUAUCUUAAUUUGCUCAUUAUAGAUAUAUUGACGAUCUAUUUGUGUUAAUUCAUGCCAGAAAAUGGUUUAUGUUGCUAAUUUUACCAAUAAAUCCCCGCCUGAAAUCCCAGCGGGGAUUUUGCUAUGGUAAAUUGCGAAACCAGUUGCAACUCCCAGACCCGGAGGGUCAAUAGCUGGGAGUUGGAUUAUUGCAACUACCCGCUACUCAAGAUUUGUUUGAUGUGUUAGAAGAUGAUGAAAGUGACCUUGAGUCAAACCAUGAUGAGUCUGAUAUUGAUAUUGAUGUAGAAGCUGUCAUAGAAAAAUCAUCAAACUAUGUGUUUAUUGAAAAGUCUGAACUUGAUUUGGCAGAAGCUGAUAAACAAAAUAAAUUUAAGGUUGACUCGUGUGGCUGCGACAGGAAAUGUUCCUCUAGGUUAAACUGGCAAGACAUUAUUGAGUUCAGGUCAUACUGCCAAGAAUUGUCCAAAGAUGAACUUGAUCUUGUCAUAAAAACUGAGUUGUUUGCGCAGCGUGGCACUAGUAUUACUGUACAAAGAGGACAACAAUCUAGUGAGCGUGUAAGGCCAUCACAAAAGUAUGUUUUUAAAGGGGAGCAAGUGUGUCAGGCAAUAUUUUGUUUUGUUCAUGAUGUUGGAAAGCAAAAGCUACAGGUAAUUGGAAGAUCGGACUGAAGGCAAGAGUGCAUGGAAAUAAACAUAAGCUUACACAUAACAGCUUGACAUUCACUGACCGUCAGAAUGUUGUACAAUUUCUGGAUAAUAAGUACAUAUUUAUACAUGCAGACAUAUAUGCUUACUUCAGGAGCUGCCCCCUGUUCGCUGGAGGGGAUGAUGGGUUAUUCAUGGGACUAUGCACAGCAGGUGCACUACCCCCACUACUCUCAUCAGGUUGGGAAGUUGUUUUUCAAGACCCCGAGGAAGUGUGAGGUGUUUGGAAUCAGCUGUGAAGGAUCUGCAAAGCAGGUGUUUUACCUCGCAGACGAAGGCCAGUCACAUGGUAAAGGUGCGAAUGCUGUGGUCAGCCAGGAUCACAACUACCUCAACACAUACGGUCUUGGCGAACAGCAUGCCCACUUUCAGUGUGACAACUGUUGCGGCCAAAAUAAAAACAACAUAGUCAUCUGGUACCUUCUGUGGAGAGUUCUUGUGGGUUUACACAGAAGCAUCACAUUAAGCUUUAUGUUGGUAGGACAUACAAAGUUUACACCAGAUUGGCACUUUGGCAUCUGGAAGUCUAAGUGGAGAAACUUCAAUGCAGAAACAUUGCCUGAUGUAGCAGCGUCUGUGGCGUUAUCGUCGAGGACCGGCCACAACAUUCCCCAGCUUGUGGGGGACACUUCCAAUCCUGUUGUUAUCUAAGACAGGAAGGAUUACCUUUCUACAUUGUUUCACCACAUAAAGAAUGUCACCAAAUUUCACCACUUCCAUGUGUCAGCGGAUCAUCCAGGUGUUGUGGAGUACAGGGAAUUUAGUGACUCACCAGUAGUCAGAAUCACUCUCAGGAAGGUCUCGAAAGUGAAUGUUAAUUUGAGCUGUGACAACCUGCCAGAAGAAAUGUUUGCGAAAGGGCUUGAUCUGGACCGUCAGUGGUACUUAUUUGAACACAUUCGGGAAUUCUGUCGCACAGAUGAAGCCAAAAACUUAACAUGUCCGAAACCCGCUACUGGUAAGCGACAAAAAACAGACUGUGCCCCCAAAAAACAGAAGAUGCAUUAAGAUGCAUAUCUGCAGUCAAUUGUAUAAAUCUGGAUAACUCUUAUCCAGCGGUAACUUUUGGUUAUCUUGUACAAAAAUUUAAGAUAACUAAAAGUUAUCCACUGGAUAAGAGUUAUCCAGAUUUAUACAAUUGGCUGCUGAAUUUCUCUGAUCAUGCCACAACAAUAACAUAUAUCCAUGUAUCAGUGUUUAUUUUGGUCAAGGUAUUGGGUGAUAUAUUUUCCCCCUAACAGUGCAAAAAAAUCCUCUAUUCGGAGGAAAGCUAAUACAUGUACAUGUAUAUGAGUGUGCUAAAUCUGUCAGUUGAUACAGGUUUUGAAGUGUUCAAUACAAUAGUUUGUUGUUCUAAUUGCACAAGCUUGUUUUCGAGCUUUUUAAAUCUCAUCUUUUUAAAUGUUACUUUGCAUUUACUUUCGAGACCUUCCUGAGAGUGAUUCUGACACAUGGAAGUGGUGAAAUUUUGUGACAAAACAUAAAUCAAUUUUUCAAUGUUACUUUGCAAUUGUUUUCACCUUAUGGACACAGAUUGCCUCUCCGAAAAACUGGAGAAAAAUCAAUGUGAAUAUUGUAUUUAUUUAUGUUUUACUACGAAAAUCAUAUAAUUUUGUUUGUUUGCUUCUUUGUUUCCAUAGUAACGAAAACAAACAAUUGACAUGUAUAAAUUAUUGUUUAUUUUGUCUAUUUUACAAUAUCAGAAAUAAUGAUUAAUAAUGAUUAUUACAUUUACUGAAACAUUAAGUAUCCUAGUGUACUUUCAACCAACACUUUUCAAUGCUGUUUUUUCCAUUCUGUUGUGUUUGAGGUUACAUUAUACUUGAAGACACAUGUAACUGAAUUAAAAAGGAAAUUGUUCAUGGCACACACAAAUUAUUUAUUGUUAUUGUUUAACUAGUUACACAAACAGUGCAAUUAAUAUUGUGUUUGCCUUUAAACAAACACUUGAAUGAUAAUACAAUUCAUAUAUUUAUAAAAGGCGUGAUUUUGUGCUCUGGUGAUUAUUAACAUGUAGAUCGGUUACCAUAGCAACACAAAUGAUACAUUUUAAACCUCCAUAAUGUUGUUGUCAGUUUAUUGUAUUAUAAUUAUGUAUUUGACUUAAGAAAGAUUAUUGUUUUAAUAAAACAGUUCGCUUGUUGUUUGAAAACUGAUUUAAAUGUGUGUUUUUUUGUAUUAAAUGAUAACUUUUCGUGACAUGUAGAUCGGUUAACAUAGCAACACAAAUUGUACAUUUUAAAUCUCCAUAAUUCUGUUGUUAGUUUAUUGCAUUAUAAUUAUGUAUUUGACUUAAGAAAUAUUACUGUUUUAAUAAAACAGUUUUCUUGUUGUUUGAAAAAUGAUUUCAUUGUUUUUUGUAUUAAAUGAUAAUUUUUCGUGACAUGUAAAUCGGUUACCAUAGCAACACAAAUGGUACAUUUUAAAUCUCCAUAUUGCUGUUGUCAGUUUCUUGCAUUAUAAUUAUGUAUUUGAAUUAAGAAAGAUUAUUGUUUUAAUAAAACAGUUCGCUUGUUGUUUGAAAAAUGUCUUCAUUGUUUUUUUGUAUUAAAUGAUAACUUUUCGUGACAGUAAAAUGUAGGGUUGGUCACUUUGGAAGGUCAUAAAAUUAGAUUUGAAUGUGAUAAAUAAACAAUCUUUAUCAUUUUUGUGAACUACGAUGUUUAGAGAAUCUAAAAUUGCCAAAAAGUCCAAAUGUGAUUUUUUGAACACAAGACUGAUUUUCCCAGCUUUGGUCACAUAUGUGGGCAUACAAAUACGAGUGUUUGGCUGUGUUGUGUUUUGGUUUAAAUGUAGGCCUGGGGUGUGGUUAAGCGGAAUGGAUUUAUAUUCUCUGAAUUUUUUUUUUACCAAAUCUUUUUUGGCUGACGAAGCGGAGAAGCCAGAGGAGAUAUUUCAAAGUUUAUAGCUCAUCUACAGUGUAAAUUUGUUCACAUACAUUGAAUGUUAGCUGUGAUUGAAGUUAUAAAUCUGUAAAUUUGCAAGAUAUUUGGGUCGACUGACUUUGCUUUGAUAGUAGUGUUUACAUGAUAACAUUGUUUGGAUCAUGUGGGUUCAGAGCUUGUGUGAAAUGCCUGUAUAUUUUGGUCAUUGGACAGUUAUAUUUUGUCAUGUGACAGUUGCACUUUUUUCAUGUGACAGCAAUCUAUUUGGGUGUUGUAUGUUAAAUUAUUAUGUGGAGUUUUUAGAGGAAUAAUUAUAAAAAAUAGUUAAAAUGAAGUCUUUAGGCUUGUAAGUUAAAAACUUUUUGGUGAAGAAUAAAUAUUAUAUUGAGUUAAGAAUUCGAACAAAUUUUGUGGAUAUACAUGUACAUCCAUGGCUUUUAUGAUUUUUUAGAUAUAUUGUCAUAAUCAAGUCUUGAUAUGCUGCACUGCCUUUGCAAAUGGUUUUGUAACUUUCUUGUUUAUGUUACCGUUUCUUUGAACAAAAGCAUUUGCUAAGAUUAAACAUAAAAGUUUUAUGUUUAAAACAGGCUUUCACCUUACAGCUUUCAAUUUUAUGCCACAACUUACUUUGGCAUUGUAUUAAUAGUAAUUUUUCAUCAAAUUAAAACAUGUUUUCAUUAAGUUAGUUAUGCAGAAUUUAGGAAGCAAGAAUAGAAAUAUUUUAUACAUCAAACUUUAUGUUGUAAUUAUUAAUAUGUAUUGCUAUAAUAUUAAAUAUUAUGUCAGUUCAACAUUAUUGAUUGAAAUACCAAAACUGCAACUGAUAGGAACUGCCUUAUCAUUUCCAAAUACAUGAUAAUAUAGCACAACGUCUUCCAUAUGAUGAGAGUAGAAAUAUCUUUUCCUGCAUGCAACUGUUACCAAUAUUUUUGUGGAAUGUUAAGUUGUGGUUAUUAAAUUCAAAUAUGUUUUAAAAAUAAUUGUAUUUAAUCAUGUGACUGAAAGAAAGUGUAAAUUUUAGUAUAAGAGUUGUCUUGGUAAAUAUCUUGUUUAUUUUGUUAAUGGGUUUUACAUUUCUUAAAUGUUUCACAUUGUAAACGUGUCUUCAUACCUCUCCAUAAUGAAGUAAAGGAGGCAUACCGGAAUCACUAAUGACGUCUCUCUGUCUAUCUUUUCCAACUUAAACAUUUCAUAACAGCAUGAAUAUCAGAAGUCAUCCGCUUAACCUUUUCAUUGAACAACAUUUAAAUUUGCAGGCAUUCAUCAUUAUAAUAUGAAAUUUUGUAUGUGCCAUUGUUAUGAUAUAACAUUUAUGUUUAAUAAAAUUGAAUGCACCUUUUUUAAUCUUGCACGUUCUGUAAUAUCAUGCUUUUUGGGUUGUAUUCUAUGUAACUAUUGAGAUUUAUUGAAGUUGAUUUUGUCUUCAUAUUGUGUUCACAAUACAUCGUAAGUCAAUAUGUGUUGUCAGAUACUAAGUUAUUUGAUAUAUGGUCAUAAUCUUGUAUUUUGUACUCUAGAUUAAUUACAUUAAUAAAUUCUGAAUUAAGGA